AUGGUGAAAUAUGCUGUAAAACCUGAUACACCUGCAAAGUGUGUAAUGUGUAAGGGUACAGAUUUACGUGUAAGCUAUAAAAAUACCUAUGAGACAGUUACAACAAUAAAGGGAAUGUACUUAUUAGAGGCUAGAAGAUACUUAGAAGAUGUAAUUGCCAAGCGACGUUGCGUUCCAUUUAGAAGAUACAAUGGUGGUGUUGGAAGGACAGCAAAAGCUCGUGAGUUUAAAUUAACUCAAGGUCGUUUCCCUCAAAAGUCCUGCAAAGUACUAUUGGAUUUGUUACAGAAUGCUGAGAGUAACUGUGAUAUGAAGGGUUUAGAUGUUGAAAGAUUAAUGCUUACCUCAGCUGUAAUUACACAUGCCCCAUUUAAUAGAAGAAGAGUUUUCCGUGCCUAUGGUCGUAUUACCCCUUUCAAGAGUCAACCAUGCAACAUCCAACUUAUCUUUAAGGAGAUAGAAGAUGAUGUAGAACAACCUAAAUCUAUUGGUCAGCAUUCUGUUAUCAAGUUAACAAAGAGACAACUGGCAUCUAGGAAACUUCGUGUAGGAGCUAAACGCUAA